AUGGCGGACGAAAAACCCUCCGUUCUAAUUAUCGGCGGCCUGGGCUACGUGGGCCGUUUCUUAGCACUGCAUAUCCAUCAGAAGAAGCUGGCUUCGGAGGUGCGAUUAGUGGACAAGGUUUUGCCUCAAUUAGCCUGGCUAGGCCCAGAGUUCGCUGAAGCUUGUUCUCAGGACAAGUUUAUGCAGGCGGAUGCCAGCAGACCCGAAGGCUUGGCACGGAUAUUUGACCGUGCGAAUGGUAAAGAGUGGGACUAUGUCUUCAAUUGCGGCGGUGAGACAAGAUACUCCCAGGAGGACGAAGUUUAUAAACUGAGAUCCCUCAACCUCUCCUUGGCUGUGGGCAAGGAAGCUGCGAAACGAAAGGUGAAGGCUUUUGUAGAGUUGAGCACUGGCAUGGUGUACAAGUCGGACUCGUCACCUAGCAAAGAGACGGACAAGCUAAAACCAUGGAGCAAGAUUGCGGUGUUCAAACUACAAGCUGAAGAGGAACUAGCUAAAAUUGACGGACUCAAUUUGGUCAUUGUUCGUCUACCACACGUGUAUGGCCCAUAUGCAUCGCAGUGGGUGGCCACGGCUCUGUGUAUGGCCCGUGUCUAUCAGCACCUUGAGGGAGAAAUGAAAUGGCUCUGGACUAAAGACCUCCGAUCUAACACAGUGCACAUCGACGAUGCGUCGCGAGCGCUAUGGGAUAUUGCUGCAUGGUAUGCUGCCGGUAAGCCCCAAUGGAACCCAUCCCAGAUGGGCAAAGUGCCGACUUUCAACGUUGUGGACAAAGGCGAGACCAACCAGGGGAUGAUGGCCGAUAUUAUUGGCGAGAUUUUCAAGAUUGAGACGGGCUUUCAGGGCCAGUUGAUCAGCACAUUUGCUCGUAUGAAUCUGGAUAGUGUGGUUGACGAUGUUAAUGACGAGAUUCUUGGCCCCUGGGCCGACUUGCUUGCAGAUGCGGGAAUCACACGGCCAGGGCCACUCACCCCAUUUAUGGAGAAGGAGCUCCUCAAAGACACAGAUCUCAGCAUGGACGGCAGCCGAUUGGAGAAGCUGCUCAACUUCAAAUACGAGAAACCAGUCAUCACCAGGGAGCUGGUGGAGGAAGUGAUUGAAAGCUACAAGAGAAUGAAGUGGUGGCCGUGA